AACCUUAGCGUUAAUUCGAUUAUUUUCCCUUUUCGCUCACUGGACAGUCUGAUUUUGCGUUCGGAAUUCAAGUUACUGGUGCAGUCGACGUACUUGAUUGAUGCCGAUCUGAAAAAGUACGCACCACAGCAAGUAGCUGAAAAGGUCAUCCUCAACAAUUUCAACGGUUCCGAUGCCAUGUUAUUGAAUAUCGCAUCUAAAGGAGAAAAAUACGCCGUUUUCUGUACCUUUGCCGAUAACGCUGGCUGCAGCGAUCGACGAAUUGUUCCUGCUUUUGACCUGAAUGUGUACGGUUGGAUAAGUCCGUUCCAACUUCAAAAGAACAGCUCGAUGACAUCUUUCAUGAGCAUUAGGUAAGAAAUGUCGAGAUAGCUUUCUCAGAAGCCAUAAAGUUCAGACACUGUUGUAGAACAUUAGAGCUCGCCCAAGUUGGGAUUACCAAACAUCUGCUGGAUAUCCACAGGGUCCUGUCAUAUCGCGACAAAGCAGCUGCGUAUGAUUCCCAGGGUGGCCGCUCGUAUGCAAGCACGUCAGCCGCCUCGAUCCUGGCUUUACCAAUCGAUGGCCGAAAACGUCCGACGGCAUCGCGCUCCGAUUCUGCAAGCUAUCCCCACAUGCCGGAUUUUGCCGAUCCAGCCGACUAUUUCGACAGUAUCACUGAUGAAGAAUUGUUACCGGACAUCCAGAAACUGCGUCCCAAUGAAACGAUGGGAAUGGAGAGUAUCAUCAUUCUGGAUGGACUGCCUAUGGUGCCACCGGAGCGCCUGGAGAAGUUGAGGAACAGGCUCAAGAAGAUUAUGGGACAGCAAGCACAGUUUGAUGUUUCGGAAAUAAUCAAUGAGAUUCAUCCGAUUGAUGAAAAUAACGUGUCCAAGGGCUUUGCGUUUUAUGAGUUUGCUGAUUCUGAUGCGGAGCCGCCUAUAGCGGCCCGGAUUAAGAAGGCGAUGAAUGGAUAUAAAUUCGACAAGCAGCAUACAUUAUCUGCAGACUUCUUCAUGGAUUUUGAUAAAUAUAUUUCGGUCCCGGAUGAAGCGGAAGAGCCAAUGGUUCAGGAUUUCAAGGAUCCCGAGAAUUUGCGCUAUUGGUUGGAAAGUGAAGACUGUUAUGAUCAUUACGCUGUCAUAUGGGGCGGCGACACCGGAACCGAGAAGAUGACGGCCUAUGCGAAUUCUCCCGUGGAACCCGCUCUGCUGCAAGAACGUGAGCACUGGACCGACCGCUACGCCAUGUGGUCACCCCUUGGCACCUACCUGGCCACUUUUCACCAGAAAGGAGUAGCCCUGUGGGGCGGACCAAGAUUUGCGCAGAUCACCCGUUUCAGCCACGAGGGAGCCGUUAAUGCAUCACUUUCUCCUAAUGAGCGUUAUGUCCUAACGAUGCGCAACAAGCCCGAGUAUCUGCCAGUUGACGACCAGUGUAUGAUUCUGUGGGAUGUGGUAACGUCGGCAAAAAAGAAGAGAUUCGCCUGGAGCGAAAAGGAUUCUCCGCAUCCGAAUUUUCUUAAGUGGAGUCCGGACGAAAACUACUUUGCCACAAUGACAAAGAACGAAUGUAUUAACAUUUACAACACCAAGACUUUCUCUCGUGUCGUCCGCGAUAUCCCCGGCGUGGCCGAUUUCUCAUGGAGCCCGGCACACAAUUAUCUCGCAUACUGGGUGCGGGAAAGUGACAACCAAGAUGUACCGGCCCGGGUCAUUCUUCUAUACAUUCCUCCCGACAAAGACAAGCCCAUGGAGGAGAUCCGCAGUAAACAGCUGUUCAGCGUCAAGGACUGCGAGUUCUACUGGCAGAAGAACGGCGAUUACAUGGCCGUCAAAGUGCAGCGUUAUAAGCAUAUUAAGAAAAAAGGCGCCGACAGGUUCGAUUACAUUGGAGUAUUUCACAACCUAGAGAUUUUCACCCUGGUUAAGAGACAGGAAGUCCCCGUAGAAUCCAUUGAGAUACGAGAUCCCAUCGUGGAUUUAUCCUGGGAACCAAACGGCAACAAAUUAGUGGUGCUGACGGUGGCUGAUUCAGUAACAUCAGCUAAUUUCUACAGUGGACGACAAGGCGUCACGUUCGAAUUAUUUAAAAAAUUAGCGCUGCGGCACAAAGUGGAGAAAAUCUCAUGGUCACCUGUGGGACAGUUCGUUGUUCUUCACACGGCUUCCGGCGGAAGCGUCGGGUAUUUAAGUUUUGUGGACACCGCCGAUUUGUCAGUGCUGGCCGAUGUGGAACACUUCCUGCUCUCGGACGUCCAGUGGGAUCCCACAGGACGCUACCUCACAGCCGUUACAUCCUCUUCGAAUGCCGGAAAUAGGAAAGAUAAUGGAUUUACACUGUAUUCCUUCCAAGGCCGGUAUAUCCGUAGUGAGAAAGUGGACGGAUUGAGUAUGUUUAGCUGGCGACCCCGACCCGUUUCCAUUCUCCCAGCAGAGAAACUCAAAGAUAUCAAGAAGAACCUGAAGAAAUACGCAUCCCAAUUCGAAACCAAGGAUCGCUUGCUGGCAUCAAAAGCCUCGAAGGAAGUGUCGGAGCGGCGAAAACGCCAGAUGACAGAGUUCACGGAUUUUUUAACGACGAAGCAGCACUACUUUGAGCAGGGACGACACAAACGAGUAUCGCUAAGGCGAGGAAAGGACACAGACGCGUUGGAUGCCCAUCCGGAUCAGCUGGUGGAAGAGCAGCUUGAAGUGAUAGUCAAUAUGACUUUUACUAACAUCUAAUAGUUUGUGGAGCGUCGUUUUCGUUUGUUUUGAUACACAUUGAAUGGUAAUCACUAAUCCCAGGCGGUUUGUUAAAAUUCAUUUCACAAUCUUGUUUCUUCACAAUUGAUCGUAAAAAUUCACUGUUUUGGUCCGUAUUUUGUCUUUUAUAUCACUAGUUUAUAUCACUCGUAAUUUAAAUUGAUAACUGCGUGAACUGAGUGAUAAUUGCUUGUUAUUUAAAGUGAUAGUUGAUUUGUUGUGUUGAAGCGAUAUAAAUUACGGGACAA